AUGGGUUUCAUCGACGACGAAGUUAAGCGCCUCGGCGAUGUCAUUGCCUCCCUCGAGGGUCGCGUCAAGUCCCUCGAGGCCCGCGAGUUCAGCGGCAAGCCCACCACCACCGCCGAGCAGGUCCGCAUGAUCCUCAUCGGUCCCCCCGGUGCCGGCAAGGGCACCCAGGCCCCCAAGAUCAAGGAGAAGUUCAACUGCUGUCACCUUGCCACCGGUGACAUGCUCCGCGCCCAGGUUGCCAAGGGCACCGCUCUCGGUAAGCAGGCCAAGAAGAUCAUGAACGAGGGCGGUCUCGUCAGUGACGACAUUGUCAUUGGCAUGAUCAAGGACGAGUUGGAGAACAACAAGGAGUGCCAGGGCGGCUUCAUCCUCGACGGCUUCCCCCGCACCGUUCCCCAGGCCGAGGGUCUCGACGCCAUGCUCCGCGAGCGCAACCUCCCCCUGCAGCACGCCGUCGAGCUCAAGAUCGACGACUCGCUCCUUGUUGCGCGCAUCACGGGCCGUCUCGUCCACCCCGCUUCCGGCCGUUCCUACCACCUGACCUUCAACCCUCCCAAGGAGGCCAUGAAGGACGACAUCACUGGCGAGCCCCUCGUGCAGCGCUCGGACGACAACGCCGAGGCCCUCCGCAAGCGUCUCGAGACCUACCACAAGCAGACGGCGCCCGUCGUCGGCUACUACCAGAACACCGGCAUCUGGAAGGCCAUUGACGCCAGCCAGGAGCCCGGUCAGGUCUGGAAGUCCCUGCUUGCCAUCUUCGAUGGUGACAAGGCCAAGGCCAGCAACGCUGGUUCCGGUAUCUUGAGCAAGAUCGCUCACGCUGCCAAGAGCUCGUAA